UCGCUCUUUUUAAAAAAGUCAUUUUGGAUAACUUACAGAUCCAAGUUUCCUUACCUCUUUUAAAUUUUAAUAGGGAAAUUCCUGUAUACAAGGAAAAAGGCACAUUAAUUGAUAUUUCUGCCAUGGUCAAUUUUAAUCUGGGCAAGAUUAGUUUCAAAACAAUUUUUCUUGUGGAGUCAAGCCCAUGUGGAAUAAAACUAAAUGCCUUCAAUUGAUGCAACAGGUGAAUCUUCAAUAAUUAUGUGUUCCUUGUAGAUAUAGAAAUAGUCUAUUGUCGUCAAUCCUUACCAUGUCCUUUUUUGUCGUUAGACACUGAUGAAUGUUAUCCAAACCGGUGUCUAAACAACGGAACAUGUACAGACGGAGUGAAUGACUACAACUGCACUUGCGUGCCUGGCUUUGUAGGAAAGAGUUGCUCAAAUAGUAAGUCUUUAAUAAUCAAGUCUUUAAAUAGAUUGAGAUUUUCGGAUUAACACUGGACAGUGACUGGUAAUCGUAUUCCAAGUACAUCGGCGCACGACUUCGCUCGCUCUUUUUAAAAAAGUCAUUUUGCAUAACUUACAGAUCCAAGUUUCCUUACCUCUUUUAAAUUUUAAUAGGGAAAUUCUUGUAUACAAGGAAAAAGGCAACUUAAUUUAUAUUUAUGUCAUGGCCAUUUUUAAUUUGGGCAAGAUUAGUCUCUAAAGAAUUUCCCGUGUGGAGUGCGUUUGUGGAAUAAAACUGAAUGCCUUCAAUUGAUGCGAACAAGGGAAUCUUGUAUAAUUAUGUGCUCCUUGUAGAUAUGGAUAUUUUAUUGUCGUCAAUCCUUACCCAACCCUCAAAGUUAAAAAUUUUGUUCAGUGGCCAUUAGGCGCCAAAUUAUAUUAAAAAAUUAAUAUAUCAAAAUUGUCCUUAACAAAAGCAGUUAGCAAGUUUAACUUAAAAUGCGGGACUGUCUAUAAAUUACUCGCUUAUUGUGCAAGGCAUUAGUUACUAAUAGUCUGAGAAUAAGGUUUGCAGAUUCAUCUCCUUGAAUCAAUACUGAAACGGAAUUGUAAAGACAAUUACCAUUUCCAGUUGUCUUUAGGGCCUUCAGUCCUUCUGUAUAAUCCCCAGUUGGUAUAUGAGAGCAGAACUUAACUCAUCCUCUGUUAAUGUGUUCAAAAUUUCCCAGUCGCAACUUGAUAGGCGACCUAUUUUUUUUUCUGAUAUUUGUUUCGCAUAUGUUUUGCGACUUUUGUUGAUGAUGAACUUGUUUCCCCAACUAACAAAUAUUUUUGGAGAUUUAAAAGGGCGUUUUUAAUAUCGCUAGACAUUGCGAAAGCCUGACAAAGGCAGGAGAGUAUAGGAAGAUCGACAAGUUUUCUAAAUCAAAUCAUUGCUUUAUAGAGAUAACGUCGCGCACGUGAAAAUUUUUCGCAACGAGUUGUACUGGGAAAAAAUGUUUUUCCCAAUCAAUUGAGAGGAACCCAAACAAAAAUGCCGCUUACGAAAUAAUAAAUUUUCUUUUUCCUUUAUCAUCGCUACAGGUGUUUAAAAAAAAAACAUUUUUUGCAACAACCAUAAGCUGUCAGUUUUGCGAUGUUUAGUUUCGCUUACAAUUAUCGCUUUUGUUUACAAAACCGCGAUUCAACUCGCAGCACGGUUCACAUGUUACGGUUAUCACAUAAUUUUCUGCGUUGAAUUUGCACCAAUUUAGCUCUCCCUCUUCAUGUUAUUAGACUGUUUCAGUAUUGAUUCAAAAAUAUUUGUAAUAUGUAGUCCAGUUAAAAAACCACCGAGCUUGGCUAGACAAGCAUUCCUAAGAUAUCGAAGAAAUAGUCACUGUCGACAAGCAAAGCGCUUCGAUUGCGUUGCAUUUGUCACGUGUCGAAAGUUAAAAUUUCACGUGCAAGGCAACAGACUGAAGGCGAUUAGGCGAACGAAUGCAAGUCAAGUUUCAUUGAUGUUCCUUUUCAAAACGCUUAGCUCUGGGACUUUUUUAAGUUUUCAAUUUAUUAUAUAGAAUGUUUUUCAACGGAAAAGUAAAAAAGUAAUGUAAUUCAAAUCAGCUAGAAUAAAUGUUCUUCAUAUUUCAGUAGAAGUGAUUACCAUUUCUGUUUCUAUACUCACGCCACAACACGAACCUAUUCUUCACGGUCGCUAGCUUGGCAACUAUUCUCCAAAUCAAGUCGCCAGUUCCAAAAUUUUAGGCCCCAUGACGACUAAAAUGGUCGCAACUUGGAGGGUUGUUACCAUAACCUUUUUUUUUCUUCAGACACUGAUGAUUGUUAUCCAAACCCGUGUCUAAACAACGGAACAUGUACAGACGGAGUGAAUGACUACAACUGCACUUGCGUGCCUGGCUUUGUAGGAAAGAAUUGCUCAAAUAGUAAGUCUUUAAAAAUCAAGUCUUUACCAGGAUUGAGAUUUUCGCAUUAACAUGGAACAGUGAAUGGUAAUCUUAUUCCAAGUACAUCGGCGCACGACUUCGCUCGCUCUUUUUGAAAACGGAGUUUUGCAUAAGUUUCAGAUCCAAGUUUCCUUACCUGUUUUAAAACUUGAUAGGGAAAUUCCUCUAUACAAGGAAAAACGCAACUUAAUUCAUAUUUAUGCCAAGGGCAUUUUUAAUUUGAGCAAGAUUAGUUUCUAGAGAAUUUCCCGUGUGGAGUGCCUCUGUAGAAUAAGAUUGAGUGGUUUCAAUUGAUGGGAGAAGUGAAUCUUGUAUAAUUAUGUGUUCCUUGUAGAUAUGGAUAUUUUAUUGUCGUCAAUCCUUACCAUGUUUUUUUUUUCUUCAGACACUGAUGACUGUUAUCCAAACCCGUGUCUAAACAAUGGAUCAUGUACAGACGGAGUGAAUAAUUACAACUGCACUUGCGUGCCUGGCUUUGUAGGAAAGAAUUGCUCAAAUAGUAAGUCUUUUAAAAUCAAGUCUUUACCAGGAUUGAGAUUUUCAGAUUAAUACUGAACAGUGAAUGGUAAUGGUAUUACAAGUACAUCGGCGCACGACCUGGCUAGUUCCUUUUGAAAAAGUCGUUUUACUUAAGAUACAGAUCCAAGUUUCCUUACCCUUUUUAAAACUUAUAAAAAGAGCAUCCCUCUAUACAAGGAAAAAGGCAAAAUAAUUCAUGAUAUGCCAUGGCCAUUCUUAAUGUGGGCAAGAUUAGUCUCUUAAGAAUUUCCCGUGUGGAGUGCUUUGUGGAAUAAAACUGAAUGCCUUUAAUUGAUGCGAACUAAUGAAUUUUGUAUAAUUAUGUGUUCCUUGUAGAUAUGGAUAUUUUAUUGCCGUCAGUCCUUACCAUGUUCUUUUUUUUUUUUCAGACACUGAUGACUGUUAUCCAAACCCGUGUCUAAACAAUGGAACAUGUACAGACGGAGUGAAUGACUACAACUGCACUUGCGUGCCUGGCUUUGUAGGAAAGAAUUGCUCAAAUAGUAAGUGUUUAAAAAUCAAGUCUUUACCAGGAUUGAGAUUUUCGGAUUAACACUGCACAGUGACUGGUAAUCGUAUUCCAAGUACAUCGGCGCACGACUUCGGUCGCUCUUUUUAAAAAAGUCAUUUUGAAUAAGUUACAACUCCAAGUUUCCUUACCUCUUUUAAAUUUUAAUAGGGAAAUUUCGUAUACAAGGAAAAAGGCAAGUUAAUUUAUAUUGAUGCCAUGGCCAUUUUAAAUUUGGGCAAGAUUAGUUUCUAAAGAAUUUCCCGUGUGGAGUUGCCCAUGUGGAAUAAAACAGAGUGCUUUCAAUUGAUGAGAGAAGUGAAUCUUGUAUAAUUAUGUGUUCCUUGUAGAUAUGGAUAUUUUAUUGUCGUCAAUCCUUACCAUGUUGUUUUUUUUUUUCAGACACUGAUGACUGUUAUCCAAACCCGUGUCUAAACAAUGGAACAUGUACAGACGGAGUGAAUGACUACAACUGCACUUGCGUGCCUGGCUUUGUAGGAAAGAAUUGCUCAAAUAGUAAGUCUUUAAUAAUCAAGUCUUUAAAUAGAUUGAGAUUUUCGGAUUUGCACUGGACAGUGAAUGGUAAUCGUAUUCCAAGCACAUCGGCGGACGACCUCGCUUGCUCCUUUAGAAAAAGUUGUUUUGGAUAAGUUACAGAUCCAAGUUUCCUUACCUCUUUUAAAACUUAUUAAGAGCAUCCCUCUGUUAAACGAAAAAUUCAAACUUGUUCAUAUUUAUGCUAUGGCCAUUUUAAAUUUGACCAAGACCAGUUUUAAAAGAAUUUAAUAAUAAUAAUAAUAAUAAUAAUAAUAAUAACGGUUAAAAAAUUAGUACAUCGAUGGUAUGGCUGUUCGCCUGAUAUAAGAAUAAAAUAAGGAAAUUAAAAAAAAAUACUUAAAUCUGAAUUGUGAACUUUUAAAAAGCUAGGUAAUAAACAGUAAAAUGUAAUUAUACAACACUCAGUUGUGGAGUAGGCAUGUGGAAUAAAACUGAAUGCCUUCAAUUGAUUCGACAAGUGAAUCUUGUAUAAUUACGAAGAUAUUAGGUUGUUAGCUACUCUAAAAUUCGAAUAUAAAUAAAGUUUUAUGUUAUGUUAUGUUACGUUACGUGUUCCUUGUAGAUAUGGUUAUUUUAUUGUCGUCAAUCCGUACCAUGUCCUUUUUUUUCGUUAGACACUGAUGACUGUUAUCCAAACCCGUGUCUAAACAACGGAACAUGUACAGACGGAGUGAAUGACUUCAACUGCACUUGCGUGCCUGGCUUUGUAGGAAAGAAUUGCUCAAAUAGUAAGUCUUUAGAUAUUACAUUAAGUCUUUAAAAGGAUUGAGAGUUUCAGAUUAAUACUGAACAGUGAAUGUUAAUGGUAUUACAAGUACAUCGGCGCACGACCUCGCUAGUUCCUUUUGAAAAAGUCGUUUUACUUAAGAUACAGAUCCAAGUUUCCUUACCCUUUUUAAAACUUAUAAAAAGAGCAUCCCUCUAUACAAGGAAAAAGGCAAAAUAAUUCAUGAUAUGCCAUGGCCAUUCUUAAUUUGGGCAAGAUUAGUCUCUAAAGAAUUUCCCGUGUGGAGUGCUUUUGUGGAAUAAAACUGAAUGCCUUUAAUUGAUGCGAACUAGUGAAUUUUGUAUAAUUAUGUGUUCCUUGUAGAUAUGGAUAUUUUAUAGUCGUCAAUCCUUACCAUGUUUUUUUCUUUCUUCAGACACUGAUGACUGUUAUCCAAACCCGUGUCUAAACAAUGGAACAUGUACAGACGGAGUGAAUGACUACAACUGCACUUGCGUGCCUGGCUAUGUAGGAAAGAAUUGCUCAAAUAGUAAGUCUUUAAAAAUCAAGUCUUUACCAGGAUUGAGAUUUUCGGAUUAACACUGCACAGUGACUGGUAAUCGUAUUCCAAGUACAUCGGCGCACGACUUCGCUCGCUCUUUUUAAAAAAGUCAUUUUGCAUAACUUACAGAUCCAAGUUUCCUUAUCUCUUUUAAAUUUUAAUAGGGAAAUUCCUGUAUACAAGGAAAAAGGCAACUUCAUUUAUAUUUAUGCCAUGGCCAUUUUUAAUUUGGGCAAGAUUAGUUUCUAAAGAAUUUGCCGUGUGGAGUUGCCCAAGCGGAAUAAAACUGAGUGCUUUCCAUUGAUGGGAGAAGUGAAUCUUCUAUAAUUAUGUGUUCCUUGUAGAUAUGGAUAUUUUAUUGUCGUCAAUCCUUACCAUGUUCUUUUUUUUCAGACACUGAUGACUGUUAUCGAAACCCGUGUCUAAACAAUGGAACAUGUACAGACGGAGUGAAUGACUACAACUGCACUUGCGUGCCUGGCUUUGUAGGAAAGAAUUGCUCAAAUAGUAAGUCUUUAAUAAUCAAGUCUUUAAAUAGAUUGAGAUUUUCGGAUUAACACUGGACAGUGACUGGUAAUCGUAUUCCAAGUACAUCGGCGCACGACUUCGCUCGCUCUUUUUAAAAAAGUCAUUUUGCAUAACUUACAGAUCCAAGUUUCCUUACCUCUUUUAAAUUUUAAUAGGGAAAUUCUUGUAUACAUGACCUUUUCUCUGAGCUUCCUCUUAUACUUUAGGCAUAGUGCGACAGCUACCUUCGCUUUGUGCCAGCUUGAGAACCUGAGAAGUCUCUCAACUAUGACGUCACUCUCUUUCACUACACAUGUGUUAACCUUAGUGCUCUUCACUUCGGGGGAAUCUGGGUCCACAGUGUCUUUGUAUGACUUUUCGUUCAGCCAACUGCUUGUAGGUUUUCUAAGGAAGUCAGGGCCUUGAAUCCAUUGUGAUUUCUCAACAAAGUCUUUAGGUGACAUACCCCUUGAAUCUUCGUCUGCAGUAUUUGAAGUGGUUUGGACGUAAUGCCACUGUGAGGGGGUGGUGUGAUCAUGAAUGAGUUGAACCCGGUUGGCAACAUAGACAUGAAACCGACUGGAUUCGUUACUUAUAAAGCCUAGGACGACUUUACUGUCCGUCCAAUAGUGAUCCUCAAUGUUCUAAUACUCUAGCUCAUCCUUUAGAACAUCACCAAUCUUGACAGAGACUGAGGCUGCAGCUAACUCUAACCUUGGAAUGCUGACGGUCUUUUUUGGCGUCACUCGCGCCUUUCCCAUAACAAAAGAGACAUGUACUUUGCCGUGUUCGUCUUCGAGCCUUAAAUACGAGCAUUGACCGUAACCACACGUCGAAGCGUCAGACAUACAGUGGAGUUGCGUGGACACAAUCUUUCCAAACUCCGAGGGUUUAAAGCUUCUUGGUACUUUCAAACUUUCAGGUAGGUACAGCUCAUUUCGCCAUCUUUCCCAUCUGCUGCGGGUGGCAUCGUCGACUGGCUCAUCCCAGCUAUUAGUGUGACAGAUGUCCUGCAAAAUCUUCUUUCCGACCAGUACUACAGGAGCGAUGAAACCCAAGGGAUCAUAAAUCGAGCUGAUGGCCGAUAGGAUGCCUCUUCGCGUGCAAGGUUUAUCCUUAAGUUCAAUCCUAAAGUUGAACGUGUCUGACUCAAUACACCAAAUAACUCCUAACGCUCUUUCUAUGGGUAACUUGUCUUGGCCAAGUGUGGGGUUCUUCACCUGUUCUGCUCUGUGUUCUUGAGGGAUUGAGCUGAUGAUACGCUCUGUGUUUCCCACAAACUUGGUUAAGUUAAAUCCACCAUUUUGGCAAACUGCUUUGGUGUCCUUUGCUAGCUUAAUAGUCUCAUCUUCUGUGCUUGCCGAUUUGAGAACGUCGUCCACAUAAAAGUUCCUUCUAAGGGUGUUGGCUGCUUCUGACCCGUAUUCACCUUCGUUGUCGUCAGCAGUGCGUUUAAGUGCGUAAUUAGCGCAUGCAGGGGAUGAUACUGCACCGAACAAAUGCACUGUCAUGCAAUACUCUUCGGCCUCCUUCUGUAAAUCGCCGUCUGGCCACCAUAGGAACCUGAGAAAACUUUGAUCUUCCUUCCUUACUCUUACUUGAAAGAACAUUUUUUCAAUGUCUGCCAUAAAAGCAUACUUUUCUUGCCGGAACCUGGUAAGAACACCGACUAGGUUACUGCUGAGAUCCGGUCCCUGGAGCAAUUUGUCAUUCAAGGAGUGUCCUUCGAAUGAGGCCGAGCAAUCAAACACCACGCGUAUUUUCGUUGGCUUUUGCGGGUGAUAAAUUCCGUGAUGCGGCAGGUACCAGGUUCUGCCCAACUGAUCUUUAAGAAAAUCAUCCACCUUCCGAGCGUACCCUUUCGAAAUGAUAUCAGACAUAAAGCUGCAGUAAUCCGUGUAAUACUUGUCAUCAGACAUUAGACGUUUCUUGAGGCUGUUCAGGCGCUUCUCAACUUGAGCAUAGUUGUUUGGGAGCUGAGUGUUCUUAUGUUUGAAAGGGAGGGGCAUUUCAUAGUGCAUGUCCUCGAGAUGAACGAUACCAGUUUCCACGGUCUCGUAGAACUUGAUGUCUUCGCGCGACAUUGAUAUUCCCUUUUCCUUUUCGGAGAAGUCAAGUUCAAACAUUCGUUCAACUGCCUGCGGUGUUAUCUGUUCCUUAACCGUCCUUUGAGAGACUACAUAUCCUCGCGGGGAUGAGGUGUCUUGCUGAUUAAGAUGAAUUCUGUUGCACGUUAAGAUGCUACUCUGACAGGGAGUAUAGAGAGGACCGUUUAUGUACCAUCCGAGCAGCGACCGUACAGAAUAUGGAUCUGAUUCUCUACCGUAAACAAUUUCUCUUGGUCGUAAGGCACUUGGACAGUUCAAUCCGAUAAGAAGACCCACUUCAACAUCUUCCAUGUAGGGGGAAAGUUCGGCACUAACAUCCUUCAAAUGAGACAUCCUACUGAUUACAUCAGGUCGUGGUAUUUCACUGCGGUCCGCUGGAAUGACGUUUCGCGUGAAAGUUCUGGGCAACUCUAACCUUGCACUCUCGUCCUUGACAUUAGCUACGACUAAUCCUUCAAUGGCCUUCGACGUGACGCUGUGUGUUCCAUGGAUUGUAGUAAGAGUGAGGUCAGUGCUACUUCCUUCAACGCCAAGAGCCUUAGCUGCGCUCUCAUUCACAAACGUUCCACCGCUGGCAUUGUCCAGUAAAGCAUAAACUCGUACUUUCUUCGCUGGAUUACUCUUAUGAAACAACCAGACUGGCAAUAUACCCAUGUUAAUCGGCACAUCUCCAGCUUCAGUUAUGUUGCAGAUGGCAGUGUGAUUGCUACUAACUCGAGGUCUAUCUUGAGUUUGGUUCUUGUCACCUUUGUCGUUCGAUUUCUUAAUUCCAUCAGGGUUGUGUAGUGACGUUGGAUGCUGCUUGUUGCACGUCUUGCACGUUUGCCUUUCCUUGCAAUGCUUUGCAAUGUGCUGGCCGCUAAAGCAGCCGAAGCACAGUUUCUUCUCUACUACAAAGUCUCGACGGUCACUCAGAGAUUUCUUCAAAAACUGUUCACACUCGUUUAAGUUAUGAGGCUUCUUGCAUAAAGAGCAUACAACAGUCUGUUGAUUGCUAUCUUCCUGAUUUACACCAGUAGCGAGGUUUGUCCCUUUUCCUCUUUUUAGCGGCUUUCUUGUAAACUUAAGACGAGUGCCUCUAUCCUUUUCAUCAUAAUUUGGCUUGCUAACAUAUUGCUCUGAAAACACAGGAUCUGUGGCAAGAUCAGCUUGUUCACGCACGAAUUGAGAGAAUUCUUCGAAGUCAGCUAUUCUUCCCUUUGCACUUUUUGUCCUAUUGUUCCUUUCAGUCCAUUUGGUUCGCAGGUACUUGGGUAACUUUUCCCACAUUUGACGCAGUACAUGAGCAGAGUUUAAAUCAUCCAUAUGAGACAUUCCUUUCAUAGCAGACUUAGCUUGAUCCAGGGCAAUAGAGAAAUCUUGGAGGGCUAAACCAUCGUUUGGUCUGAUUGGUGGCCAAGAAGACAAUUUCGUGAUAUGGGCAGUAGCUAUCUUGAAUGGAUCACCGAAUUGUCUCUUUAAAAGUCUCUUAGCUUCUUCAUAGGAUCCUUCCAUUUUCCUUUGUAGACAACCGUUUAUAAUUUCCUUUGCUUUACCUGACGUGUAUUGACCCAGAAAAUAUAAUCUCUCAUUGGAAUCUUCAACCUUUGAUUCGAUUAAUGACUCAAAGGCAGUCAUGAAUAAUGGAUACUCCAUAGCAUCACCAUAAAACAUAGGAGGCUCGUUCGAUGGCAAAAUACUCCUUGCUUGCUGGUUAACAAUAGUCUGAGACAACUCAGUUUGUUUUCGUUGAAUUUCCACAAUGUCUUGGAAAGUAUUGUCUUUGACUGACAAACUUGUUGAACAACCUUGUGGUGGUAAUGGUGGCAGACACCAUACCUGAUCAGGAGCAGUAUAUGUAACAGCAGGAGUCGCUGCUAAAGAUGGGUAUGAUGAAGAAUGUACACUCGAGGGGUGUUCAUGGGGUUUUGCUGCAUAGGCGGUAGUCUCUUCCUUACUCCGUGAUGCACCAGUAUUUAACGGUGUUGUGUAAAUGGGUCCCUUCUGAGGUACCGUAAAUGCACUAAGAGGACUAGCUUGUAAAGGCUGUUGAUAAUCUGUAACGCCUGAAGAACUUACAAGUUGUUGCUGCGAAGUUGGUUCCAAACCAGCAGAGUUACCUGAUUGUAUUGUACAAAUUGGAGGACUUUGUGUAUGAACAGGUGCCAAGGUUGACUCUUCAUUCUUCAUUUCUUCAUAAAUCCUUUCUUCUUCCCUUGCUUGAGCUAAACUCUGUUUUAGCUCUAAAUGUUCAGCUGCCAUUUUAAGCGCUUGCUUUUCCUUCAGAAAUGAUGCUUCAAUUUCCAAUGCUGCAACCUUAGUUUUUGCUUCUAUCAACUUAGCUUUAGAUGAAAUUGAAGAUGAGAUGGACCGUUUAGAGUGAUUUGACUUUCUUGUGCGAUGAGACCCACUAGAGAUAACAGAGUUUACUUCAUUUGACUGAUGCCUUUUCGCCUUGGACAAAUAUUCAAUGACAGACUGUUUAAAUUUAAAGACAUCUUCAUCGUGAGCAUCGUACCAUGAAUUGGCAUUAACAAUAACAGUUUCAUCUUCUAACGCGUCAACAUAAUUAUCCUGAGCAUCUUGCAGUUUAACAAGCAAAUUGUUAAGACCUUCCAUUUCAACUGACACAAAUUCAUAAUUCUUAAGAUCAGCAAGUAGCGGUUUCAUUUUGUUUAUCUGUCUAGUUACGUGACGUAACGCCACAGUUCUAUGAUCCUUUAACCUUUGUAAUUCGUGUUGUUUACCUUUAUCCGUUGGAAUUUUUCUCCUUUCGCCCACUCCUAGCGCUUCAGCAUCACUGACCGUAGAUUUUACUCCCAUAUUCGGCGAACCUUUAACCUUUACUGAAUUAGGAAGUUCCGUUUCUGAUGCUGCAUCCGUUGGCUGAGUGUGAAGCGGCGAUAUAACACGAAACAGUUCCGUCUCCAAUGUUGGGGAGUGCGAACGCGAAACUUGCAAGCUCAGCAAAUUGUCAUCCUCAAAAUAAGCCGCAAAUUCCUUGCCUUCACCUUCCAUGACCGUAAAUAUCCCCAGAACCGUAAAACCAGAUCAAAACUAUAGAUGAAUAGAAGCACCACCGUAACUAUCCUUGUAAAUCCAUAAAGUCCAUGAGGUCGUGAAAUAACUGUGGCUGUGAAUGGCGGCACAUGAUAGCCGUGGCGAUGAACAUAACAACAAAACGUUUAAUCAUACACGAGGCUGAAUCAACUCACAAGUAUCAUCACAAACAUCCGUUAGAAAGCUUUAGAAAACCGUAGCACGACAAAGAAAAACUGAAACAAACGACUUACAAAACACUUUGGAAACUUGAAGAAAACCUUAGUGAAACUUCAGGUUAUUUCACGGUGGCCUCGUGCCCGCCAAUGCCGAGGCCCCGUGCGCAUGCUCCUAAUAAACAAGGGGGUAAGCCCGCUGGUCAGGAUACCAGCGGUUACAAUUAGCUUGUUAGCUACUCUACAAUUCGACUAUAAAUAAAGUUUUAUUUUAUGUUAUGUUACGUGUUCCUUGUAGUUAUGGUUAUUUUAUUGUCGUGAAUUCAUACCAUGUCCUUUUUUUCUUUAGACACUGAUGACUGUUAUCCAAACCCAUGUCUAAACAAUGGAACAUGUACAGACGGAGUGAAUGACUACAACUGCACUUGCGUGCCUGGCUUUGUAGGAAAGAAUUGCUCAAAUAGUAGGUCUUUA